UCACACUUUCUCUUUCUUUUCUGCACCACGUUUCCGAACGAGUUGUCAAAAUGAACGCCAGCCUGCCAAUUUCUAAGAAACGCAAGUUCGUUUCCGAUGGUAUCUUCAAGGCCGAGUUGAACGAGUUCCUGACUCGCGAGCUCGCCGAGGAUGGCUACUCCGGCGUGGAGGUGCGUGUGACCCCGUCCCGCACCGAGAUCAUCAUCAUGGCCACCAAGACCCAGCAAGUGCUGGGCGAGAAGGGUCGCCGCAUCCGUGAGCUGACCGCCAUGGUCCAGAAGCGUUUCAACUUCGAGACCGGCCGCAUCGAGCUGUACGCCGAGAAGGUGGCGUCCCGUGGCCUGUGCGCCAUCGCCCAGGCUGAGUCGCUGCGCUACAAGCUCACCGGAGGACUGGCCGUCCGUCGUGCCUGCUACGGUGUGCUGCGCUACAUCAUGGAGUCCGGUGCCAAGGGCUGCGAGGUCGUCGUCUCCGGCAAGCUGCGCGGUCAGCGUGCCAAGUCGAUGAAGUUCGUCGAUGGCCUGAUGAUCCACUCUGGUGAUCCGUGCAACGACUACGUCGAGACUGCCACCCGUCACGUUCUGCUGCGCCAGGGCGUGCUCGGCAUCAAGGUCAAGGUGAUGUUGCCCUACGAUCCCAAGAACAAGAUCGGCCCCAAGAAGCCGCUGCCCGACAACGUGUCCGUUGUGGAGCCCAAGGAGGAGAAGAUCUACGAGACACCCGAGACGGAGUACAAGAUCCCGCCACCCAGCAAGCCCCUGGACGACCUCUCCGAGGCGAAAGUUUUGUAAACCUAGUUUUACUGUUCAUCCAAUGAGCGACUAGCAAGGAGUUGCCCUCUAAAUACAACAAACAAAACAAACAGAAACAAAACCACAAAAUAA